AUGGCGGCACAAGGACGUGACCAAGAUGACGCAGUUUCUUUAAGCUUACUUUCACUCAAUUCGAACGGCAACUCCGAUGGGGUACUGCCGCUGCAGCCAAUCCUUCCAAUUGAGAUUGUGGAAGAAAUCAUAUGCAGGUUUCCGGUGAAGUUCCUCUUGCAACUCCGGUGCGUAUGUAAGACCUGGAAUUCCCUGAUUUCUGAUCCCAAAUUCGCAAGAAGGCACCUUGGUCGGUUCAACCGUCACUUCCUCCUCAUAAGGUUCCACCUAACCAUCAUAGACGGACGCAUGCGCGAGGAAAAUUUCAUGUCUUACCCGCUUUCCUCCGUUCUCAAAGAUGUGGUUACCGGCGCCACACAACUGGAUAGCCCUCUGAAAUAUGGUAAGAUCAUUGGCUCAUGCGAUGGCAUCAUCUGUUGUUACAACCUCAGCUCUGAACUCCAUCAUUCUUUUGUCGUGUGGAACCCUUCUACUAGAAAAUUGUGGGAAUUGACGCCUUUGAAAAAGCCACUGUUAGAAGAAUAUCGUGAUAGACGGGAAUUUCAUUCGUACGGGUUUGGUUACGAUCAUCUCUCUGACAGUUUCAAGCUGGUCGUGAUCUUUUACUAUGAAUGUCCUGCAGGCGGUUACAAAACUCGUGCCAUGGUUCAUACUUUGGGCUCUAAUUCUUGGAGAAGGAUUGACAAUUUCCCUGAUAUCCCCUAUUGUGAAUUUGGAAAAUUUGGAAAAGUGUUGAGUGGUGCAGUUAAUUGGUUGGCAUGUGAUGAUGCCCUCAAUUUCAAUCUUAGGCAGGGUAUCACUUCUCUUGAUUUGGGGAAGGAGUCCUAUCAAGAACUUUUGCAGCCUGAUUAUGGUGGAAUAGAGGUCCGCGGCUUGGCCAUGGAUAUCAUGAGAGAUUGCUUGUGCAUACUUGUUAAUUGGGAUUUUUGGAUUAUGAACGAGUAUGGAAAUAAUGAGUCAUGGACCAAAUUGUUCAGCUUUCCUCUUGACUUCUGCUCCGUACGUUUUGUCUUUAAUGUGGGUAACCAUUCCCUUUGUGUUUUGGAGGAUGAUGAACUGCUCUUCCACUCCCUUCGGCAACUGGAUGUUUAUAGUUACAAAAAUGGCACUUCCAGGAGGCCUCGUCUUGACAUCACCCCUGUUUUGAUCAAGGAUCUAUACAUUGAGUCUGAGAGUUUGAUUUCACCUUGUCCUCACAAUUAG